AUGGCACCAACACUCGAAUAUAACACACAUCCUUGGUCAUGGAGUCCAUGUAGUGCUGCUAUGUUGGCGAAAUUUCUCGACGCAAAUCGAGCUCAAACUCAAUGUAUUUUGGAUCAACCGAUCGAACGUCGCUAUUACGAUCGAAUGUUUGAAGAUCCGGCGCCUGGAGCGAUGUUUUCUGCUAAUCAACAAUGCCAAUUUGUAUUCGGACCAUCAGCUGAAUUAUGCCCUUACAUGCCAGCAUGUCGCAGAUUAUGGUGCGCGACAUAUUAUGGAUAUCAGAUGGGUUGUCGAACACAGCAUAUGCCAUGGGCUGAUGGUACUCCUUGUGGUGACAAUCAAUGGUGUCACCGUGGUGAAUGUGUAGGUAUGGCACCUCAACAACGAGCUAAACUCGAUGGUUCAUGGGGUGAAUGGAAAAAUUGGGGCGAUUGCUCCAGAACAUGUGGUGGAGGUGUACAGAAAGCCUUACGUGAUUGUGAUAAUCCAAGACCUAGUAAUGGUGGAAAAUACUGCGUCGGACAAAGAGAACGUUAUCGACCGUGUAACAUUCAAGAUUGUCCAUGGGAUACACCUGGUUUCCGUGAAGUACAGUGUUCGGAAUUUGAUAAUCAGGAUGUUGGCAUUCAUGGAGUUCCUCCCAAAUCACGUUGGUUACCCAAAUAUACCGGAGUAAGUGACAAUGAAAAAUGCAAAUUGUAUUGUCGAGUAAGCGGGUCUGCUGCAUUCUACUUGCUUAAGGAUAAAGUUUUGGAUGGUACUCCAUGUUACCGACAUGGCGAUGAUAUGUGCAUCGAUGGCACUUGUCAUAAGGCUGGUUGUGACCAUCGUUUGGGCUCAGAAAUGCGACGUGAUAAAUGUGGAAUCUGUGGCGGUAACGGAAGCACAUGUCGGGUUGUAUCAGGCAGCUACAAUGAACGUGGAUCAUUUGGCUAUAAUGAAGUUUUGAAAAUACCUGCAGGUUCGGCAAAUAUCGAAAUAACGCAACAUGGAUAUCACAAUCAGAAAGAAGACGAUAACUAUCUUGCUUUGCGAAAUGCUAAUGGAGAAUUUCUACUUAACGGGCAUUAUCAAGUAUCAGUUUUCCGGCAACAAAUUUCUAUACAGGAUGCAGUACUGGAAUAUUCUGGUAGUGAUCAUGUGAUUGAACGUAUAAAUGGCACUGGACCUAUACGGACUGAUAUUUAUCUCCAUGUGUUAUCGGUUGGAAAUUUAUACCCUCCAGAUAUACAUUAUGAAUUUAUGGUACCAGCACAAAAUGUACGAUUUGGAUAUGAAGCAUCUGUGACAAAUUACUACUGGCGUAUUAGUGAACGUUGGUCAGAAUGCUCCUCAUUGUGCCAAGGUCAACAGAAACAGGAGCUUAUUUGCGUUGAUGCAAUAUCAAGUCGCGGCGUAAAUGAUAAUUUAUGUAUAUCACAUCGUCCACCAACUGAAACACGAAUGUGCAAUAUUGAUUGUACUAUUAAGUGGCGUGUAAUACCGAUCGGACAAUGCAAUGCAACUUGCGGACGUGGUGAAAAACGUCAAAAAAGUGAAUGCAUUCGAAGUUAUGUGGAUGGACGUGAAACUGUUAUUUCUGAUUCACAUUGUCAUCAGUUAAAGAAACCAAGUGAUCGUGCACAAUGUUAUGUAGAUUGCUCAGGACGGAAAUGGAUAUACACAGAAUGGACAUCGUGUUCGGCAACAUGCGGUACAUCUGGUAUCAAUCGCCGACAAGCUUUCUGCAUCGAUCAUGCAAAUCGACGUUUGGAUGAUCGUGCUUGUGAGCAAGCAAUUAAGGAGAAAACGGAAAAGGAAUGCAAUCGUAUGCCAUGUCCCAAAUGGGUUUAUGGUUCAUGGUCUGAAUGUUCUCGAUCGUGCGAUGGAGGUGUUAAAGUACGACAUGCAUCCUGCCAGGAUGCAGCAGGUCGUGAAGUACAUUCGACAAUGUGCAACAGUAAGGAAAAGCAUGAUUGGGAAAAGUGCAAUGAGCAAAUUUGUACACAGUGGAAAUUUGGCGCAUGGGGUAGUUGUUCGGUCAGUUGUGGUGAUGGUAUCGAAACACGUGAUGCGGUUUGCACUGAUCUAAGUGGCCGAACUCUUGAUCAAAGUCUGUGUGAUCGUCGUGAACGAAUUGUACAAAAACCAUGUCAUCGUAUGGCAUGUCCCAGUUGGCAUCUUGGAUCAUGGAGUGUAUGCUCGGUUUCAUGCCUUGAUGGUUGGAAAACUCGGCAUGUGUCUUGUGUUGAUGCUAAUGGUAAUGAGGUAUCCGAUGAGCAAUGCUUGAGACAGGGUGAAGCUCGACCACAAAGUCAUCAACCGUGUAAUCAAGGACCAUGUCCAUUUUGGAGAACAUCUGAUUGGACUAAAUGUUCUGUAUCAUGUGGUGUCGGUGUAAGGGCAAGAAAUAUUGAAUGUAUAUAUCGAGAUCAAGUUGUUGACGGUUCAUUGUGUAGUGAUACUCAUGUUGCAAAAAUUGAGCAGUGUAGUUUGUUGCCAUGCGCCAGAUGGAAAGUGCUUCCGUGGUCACAUUGUUCUGUAACUUGUGGUACUGGUCAACAGAUUCGUACAGUGCAAUGUUUACGAGGAAAAUCUAUCGUUCAUGAAAGUGAAUGUGAUAUCGCAAUACGUCCAAAAACCGAAAAGAUCUGUGAACGUGAUAACUGUGAAGUAUUUACACAAAAUGUGAUCGAUAGUACAUUAAGUGACCAGCCAAAAAUUCGUUGGGCUAUUGGGCCAUGGUCUGAUUGUUCGCGAACAUGCGGAAAUGGAACACAGCGUCGUCUUGUAGUAUGUCGCGAUCAUAUUCGUGAUCUUAUCGAUACAUACUGUCAGCAUCUGGAGCCCAUUGAAACCAUUCGAUAUUGCCAGAUUAAACCGUGUGCGCAAUGGACUGUUGGACCGUGGAAAUCGUGCUCAGUUACUUGUGGUGUACAUGCAACAACAGACCGUCGCGUAAGCUGUGAAUCAGUGGAAGGUAAUGAACAAGUACGAGAAACAGAUUGUGAUGUAGCGAUUCGUCCGCAGUCAAUCAGAUCAUGUAAUUUAAAUCCAUGUCCAAUGGGUGAACCACCUCUUGGAUCCUGGAUUACCAAAGACUGGGAAAAGUGUUCAGUCUCAUGUGGAGGUGGUUGGCGUAGACGUCUGGUUACAUGUAGUACCAGAUUUUGUAACGAAGAAAAAAAACCAGAACAGUUUGAUCGUUGUAAUCAGCAAAAGUGUGUAAAAGUUUCUAACGUCUGGCAAAUGUCACCUUGGUCUCAUUGUUCAGUGACAUGCGGUGGUGGUGUGCAGAAACGUACAGUUUGGUGUGAAGAUGAGAAAACACGCGAAAGAAUACAAGACAGAGAAUGCUUACUUCCUGAAAAACCAACUAGUAUUCGGGAGUGUAAUGAGGUAGAAUGCCAAGCUGCACCGGUGACAAACGAAUACUAUCAUUGGUAUGCAGGCAAAUGGAGUCCGUGUUCGACAACAUGCGGACGUGGUGUUCGUAAACGUAUUGUGUCAUGUGUUAAUUCACGUAGUCAUUCAGUAGCAUCUAAAUAUUGUGAUCCGGCAAAACGGCCAAUUGAUUCACAUCGUUGUCGAAUGGCGCAUUGUCCACGUUGGAAAACCGGAAAAUGGUCAAUGUGCUCGGUAACAUGUGGUAGAGGAGUACGAACACGUGAAGUGACGUGUCAAAAAGGUCGACGAACCCACCUGACAGAUAUAGAAUGUGCAAAGCUACCGAAGCCAUUGGCAAAUUCAGUGUGUAUAACUAUGUCUUGUCCUGCAUAUCAUUGGAUAGCUACUCCAUGGUCAAAGUGCACUGAUCCGUGCAAGAGAUCUGAUCAACAUCGUCGUGUUUAUUGUGUCAGCAAUUUGGGAAAACGUGCAGCGCCAAAAAUGUGCAGCAAUGAAACUGCACCAGAAAUGACACGUUCAUGUCCUGUUACCGAUUGUUUCUAUCAUUGGGUACCUGGUCCUUGGAGUACGUGUUCUAAAACGUGUGGCACGGGAUUUCAAUUCCGUCGAAUCGAAUGUCGUGUGCGCAGUCAAAAUCAUAGCUCGAGCGCAGAACCAAAUGUACAGUCGAGGAUGUGUAAUGGAUUAGCUCGACCAUCCGUUAGUAAGGAAUGUGCUAUGAACCCUUGCGAUGCUAAAUAUCGCUGGUCCGUUGGACCUUGGUCACAGUGUUCGACAAGUUGUGGUCCAGGCUAUCGAAGACGUCGUGUGCGAUGUUUGGAUAGGGAUGGUCGACGGGUAUCACGAGAUCUUUGUGAUCAAAGUCCAGAUAGACCGAAAAGGCGAGAAAGCUGUUUCCUGAGAAAUUGCUUACCAGGUGAUUGUGCUGAAUUGAAAGCGUAUUAUACGCAAGAGAAUAGCGUCGAUGGCAAUUAUACUGUUUUGGUUGCCGGUUUUCGCAUUACCGUUUAUUGCCACCUAAUGAAUGAAACACUACCAAAAACGUACAUCAAUCUCAAUAGUGAAACUAAUUUUGCAGAAAUUUAUGGAAAAAGACUACUGUACCCAUUUACAUGUCCUCAUAACGGACAGCGUAAUGAUACAUGCAUGUGCACGGAUGAUGGAAGUGCAAGCGCCGGCUUUUCCAGUUUCUCAAAAGUUCGUGUUGAUCUUCACAACAUGAAAAUAAACAUUCACGAUCACACAUUUGCAACAACAUCGCAUGGUGAAGAAGUAGCUUUUGCAACAGCUGGUGACUGCUACAGCGCUGUUGAUUGCCCACAGGGUCAAUUCGGUAUCGAUUUACGAGGAACGGGUCUCCGAGUGAUGGAUGACCUUCGAUGGGUUGAUCAAGGACACCGUACAAGUUCGAGAAUUGAGCGUUCUGAUAAUAAUGCACGAAUAUUUGGGCGUUGCGGUGGUUACUGUGGUCAAUGUAGUCCAGAUAAAUUUAAAGGUUUGGUAAUAGAAAUUGACCAUAAGCAAAAUCCGAGUAUUGGUGUAGGAUGA